CUGGGCUCCCGCGGCAGCAACGACGGCGGCGGCGGUGGCGGCGGCGCUUCCGCCUGGCGGGCCUCGGCCCGGUGCGAGCGGCCCCACGAUGUGGCUGGGCCCGGAGGAGGUGCUGGUGGCCAACGCUCUGUGGGUGACGGAGCGGGCCAACCCCUUCUUCGUGCUGCAGCGGCGCCGCGGCCACGGCAAGGGUGGCGGCCUCACGGGUCUUCUCGUGGGCACCCUGGACGUGGUGUUGGACUCCAGUGCCCGCGUGGCCCCUUACCGAAUCCUGCACCAGACCCAGGACUCGCAGGUCUACUGGACAGUGGCAUGUGGUUCUUCCCGCAAAGAGAUCACCAAGCACUGGGAAUGGCUGGAAAAUAACUUACUCCAGACGCUGUCCAUCUUCGACAAUGAGGAAGACAUCACCACCUUUGUCAAGGGCAAGAUCCACGGCAUCAUCGCAGAAGAGAACAAGAACCUGCAGCCGCAGGGAGAUGAGGACCCUGGGAAGUUCAAGGAAGCUGAGCUGAAGAUGCGGAAGCAGUUCGGGAUGCCCGAGGGGGAGAAGCUGGUCAACUACUAUUCCUGCAGCUACUGGAAGGGCCGUGUGCCCCGGCAGGGCUGGCUCUACCUGAGCGUCAACCACCUGUGCUUCUAUUCCUUCCUACUGGGCAAGGAAGUGAGCCUGGUGGUGCAGUGGGUGGACGUCACGAGGCUAGAGAAGAAUGCCACUCUGCUCUUCCCUGAGAGCAUCCGUGUGGACACGCGGGACCAGGAGCUCUUCUUCUCUAUGUUCCUCAACAUCGGUGAGACCUUCAAGCUCAUGGAGCAGCUGGCCAACCUGGCCAUGCGGCAGCUGCUGGACAGCGAGGGCUUCCUGGAGGAGAAGGCGCUGCCCCGGCCCGCCCGGCCACACAGAAACAUCUCAGCUCUGAAGCGAGACCUAGACGCCCGAGCCAAGAACGAGUGCUACCGGGCCACAUUCCGGCUGCCCAGGGAUGAGCGCCUGGAUGGCCACACAGGCUGUACCCUGUGGACCCCGUUCAACAAGCUGCACAUCCCUGGCCAGAUGUUCAUCUCUAGCAACUACAUCUGUUUCGCCAGCAAGGAGGAGGAUGCCUGCCACCUCAUCAUACCCCUGCGGGAGGUGACCAUUGUCGAAAAAGCUGACAGCUCCAGUGUCCUGCCCAGCCCUCUGUCCAUCAGCACCAAGAGCAAAAUGACCUUCCUAUUCGCCAACCUGAAAGACCGUGAUUUCUUAGUGCAGAGGAUCUCUGACUUCCUCCAGAAGAUGCCAUCCAAGCAGCCAGGAGGCAGUGGCGGGGGAAGGAAAGCCAGCACCGCGGACCCGGCCCCAGAGUGCCCCCCAGCUCCAGCAGAGGCCGCAGAUCAGCCCAGCCCCACCACCCCCUUGGGGAGCCGCCAGGGCUCCAGUGUGCAGGAGGCACCGACCGCAUCCCAGGGGCUGCUUAAACUCUUCCAGGGAAACUCUCCCAUGGAGGACCUGGGGGCCAAGGGGGCCAAGGAGAAGAUGAAAGAGGAGUCAUGGGACAUUCACUUCUUCGAGUACGGCCGCGGUGUGUGCAUGUACCGCACAGCCAAGACUCGGGAGCUGGUGCUGAAGGGCAUCCCCGAGAGCCUCCGUGGGGAGCUGUGGCUCCUCUUCUCUGGGGCCUGGAACGAGAUGGUGACUCACCCGGGCUACUACGCCGAGCUGGUGGAGAAGUCCAUGGGGAAGUACAGCCUGGCCACAGAGGAGAUCGAGCGAGACCUCCACCGCUCCAUGCCUGAGCACCCCGCCUUCCAGAACGAGCUGGGCAUUGCUGCCCUCCGGCGGGUGCUAACUGCCUAUGCUUUCCGAAACCCCACCAUCGGCUACUGUCAGGCCAUGAACAUCGUCACCUCUGUGCUCCUGCUCUACGGCAGUGAGGAGGAGGCCUUCUGGCUGCUGGUGGCCCUCUGUGAGCGCAUGCUGCCCGACUAUUACAACACCAGGGUGGUGGGGGCCCUGGUGGACCAAGGCAUCUUUGAGGAGCUCACGAGAGACUUCCUGCCCCAGCUCUCGGAGAAGAUGCAGGACCUGGGGGUGAUCUCCAGCAUCUCUCUCUCUUGGUUCCUGACCCUCUUCCUCAGCGUCAUGCCCUUCGAGAGCGCUGUGGUCAUCGUUGACUGCUUCUUCUACGAGGGCAUCAAGGUGAUCCUGCAGGUGGCCUUGGCCAUCCUGGAUGCCAACAUGGAGCAGCUGCUGGGCUGCGGCGAUGAGGGCGAGGCCAUGACCGUCCUGGGCAGAUACUUAGAUAACGUGGUCAACAAGCAGAGUGUUUCUCCUCCUAUCCCACACCUCCAUGCCCUGCUGACUAGUGGAGAUGACCCGCCAGCAGAAGUGGACAUCUUCGACCUCCUGAAGGUGUCCUAUGAGAAAUUCAGCAGCCUGAGGGCCGAUGACAUCGAACAGAUGCGAUUUAAACAGAGGCUGAAAGUGAUCCAGUCCUUGGAGGACACGGCCAAGCGCAGCGUGGUCCGAGCUAUACCUGGGGACAUCGGUUUCUCAAUUGAAGAGCUGGAGGACCUCUACAUGGUGUUUAAGGCCAAGCACCUGGCAAGUCAGUACUGGGGGGGCAGCCGGCCCACCGCUGUGCGUCGGGACCCCAGCCUGCCCUACCUGGAGCAGUACCGCAUUGACGCCAGCCAGUUCCGGGAGCUCUUCACCAGCCUGACACCCUGGGCCUGUGGCGCCCACACGCCAGUCUUGGCAGGGCGCAUGUUCCGGCUCCUAGACGAAAACAGGGACUCUCUGAUCAACUUCAAGGAGUUUGUGAUGGGGAUGAGUGGGAUGUACCAUGGGGACCUGACCGACAAGCUCAAGGCCCUCUACAAGCUGCACCUGCCCCCAGCCCUGAGCCCGGAGGAGGCCGAGUCAGCCCUGGAAGCGACCCUCUACUUCACGGAAGACAGCUCCUCAGAAGCAUCUCCUCUGGCCUCAGAUCUGGACCUUUUCCUGCCCUGGGAGGCUCAAGAGACCCUACGGCAGGAAGAGCAAGAAAGAGGCGGAAAUGAAGACAGCCAAGAAAAAAGAGGAGAGGAGAAGGGGACCAGCCCUCCCGACUAUCGGCAUUACCUUCGCAUGUGGGCCAAAGAGAAAGAGGUUCAGAAGGAGACAAUUAAGGAUCUCCCAAAAAUGAACCAGGAACAGUUCAUUGAGCUGUGCAAGACGCUGUACAAUAUGUUCAGUGAGGACCCCAUGGAGCAGGCCCUGUACCACGCCAUUGCCACCGUGGCCAGCCUGCUGCUUCGCAUCGGCGAGGUGGGGAAGAAGUUUUCCGCCCCACCAGGCAGGAAGCCCAGGGCCGGUGCCGCUGAGGAGGACGAGCCACCAGCCCCUGACCCCACACAGGACCCAGCCCUGGAGCUUCAGCCUCCAGCUGCAGGGGACCCUCAGGCCAAAGCCGGCGGGGACACCCACCUCGGGAAGGCUCCCCAGGAGACCCAGGUGGUGGGUGACGGGGGUGGUGGCGAGGGCCGGGGCUCCCCGUCCCAGCUGCUGUCUGACGAUGAAACCAAAGACGACAUGUCCAUGUCCUCGUACUCGGUGGUCAGCACAGGCUCCCUGCAGUGUGAGGACCUGGCCGAUGACACGGUGCUGGUGGGCGCGGAGGCCCGCGGCCCCCCGGCCCCCACCCGCGGCGGGGGCACUGUGGACACGGACUGGUGCAUCUCCUUCGAGCAGAUCUUGGCCUCCAUCCUGACAGAGUCCGUCCUGGUGAACUUCUUUGAGAAGAGGGUGGACAUUGGACUCAAGAUCAAGGACCAAAAGAAGGUGGAGAGACAGUUCAGCACGUCCAGUGACCUCGAACAGUCUGGAGUUUCAGGCUGACAGGGACCUGGCCUGUCUCUCCUCCCUGCCCCCUCCUCCCUCUUGUUCUGUUUGCUCUCUCAGGACACACCUCUCCUGUUCUCCCUGGAUCCAGUGAGCUGUAAAUGGAAAAAAAGGCAGAAUAGCCACAGUAGGGCCCAGACAGAGGCUCCCAGUCCCUUCUUCCUGCCUGCCUGGCAGGACCUGCCUUGGUCCCUGUGUUGUCGUGUCAGAGGCCGCCCAUCCUGGCCUGCUUGCCCAGUGCCUCUGUGCCCCGUUCUGUGGCCAGGCCACACUGCACCUUCCACACUUGGGGUGAGGGGGUGGGGGUCCUGGUGCUCUCUAGGAGCCUGGAGCCUGAGCCCCUGGCUCAGCCCCUGGGGUGCACCAGAGCGGACCAUGAGGGCAUUACUCUAUAUCCUCUCGCAGCUCGUCAGCCUCACCGUUAACCUUACAAGCACAUCCCUCAGGUCCUGGUAGAUUUCCUUGUAUUCAUUUCGGUUGGCAGAAAAUCACACUGUGCGCAAUGCCUUAAUAAACCCCCAAAGAACUCAAUACCA